UUGAUUGAUGAAUAAAAACCCUACUCUAAGGAGUUCUCCUAAGCUUGCGAGCUAAGGUUUUGUUCUUGGUUUUAUAGCCGAGAAUUGCAGACCUAGAGAUCAAGAAAAUCAUCCUUUAUCUCGUGGUAAUCUCUACCCUAAACUAGCCUCUUCCUUUUAGUGUUGAAGUUGCUUGUUUGGUUACUACUAUUCGCCAUCCACCAUCCCUGUUUUACUAUGAAACCAUCACUACACUAAAACCUUCGACCCUAGUUGCGAGCUCUGAUCAUCCGAGUCUCUCCUUGGGCUCAUCAAGUGGCAUCAUUGCCUGGUUCAAACACGUUCGGAUUGUUUAAGAAAGAACGAGACACAAAUACCCCAUCGCAUUGCAGAAGGAAGCCGAGGAAACAGAGUCUGAUUCCGAGCUCGAAGAAGAAAUCCAUGUGAGAAAUCGACCAUGGAGGGACAAACCAAUAUGACGGAAUUGCUGCAAGCAAUAAUGGCAUAGAUGAACGCCACGUUCCAAGUACAAUUCAACACAUCAACCCACAAUUGGCAGAGUUGAAGUUGGCGGCGGUAACAGAGCCAAAGAUGUCGGACACGAUGAAGAGGAAAGAGACUAUUCACGAGGGAGACCAGAGCCCUCAGGCUCUGAAAGAAUGCAUUAGGGACUUGGAGCAUCAAUUGAUUCUCGUCGGUUACAAUCAUCGUGAUCGAAUCAUGAAUUCGUGAUCACGACUGCCGACCACCCGAAACAGUGGGCAUCAACGAGCUACGGGGGAUUAAAUUGAACAUCCCCUCAUUUCAAGGAAGCUUGAAUCAAUCUUUGUACUUGGAUUGGGAGCGAAAGGUGAUCCUCUUCUUUGAUUGCCACAACUACACUGAAGAACAGAAGGUCACGCUUGCUUCCUGAUGACUCAAUAUUUACACAUGUUUUGUCCCCAAUUCUUAUACUGUUUGAGGCUCGGAUCUCGGGUUUUAAGCUGAUUUUAUGCUAGGUUGUUCUUGUUUAUGCCAUUUCAGGUCCUAAUGCAUGAAUGGAGAUUUGAGCACGAGUUUGGGGACGAUUGGGCGAAAUCGGGACGAGCGAGGGAAAGCAGACAAGUUGCACGGCCAGCACGGGAAAGUGCAUGGUGGCAAUUUUGGCUGUGUGGGAUUUACCGAGAAGUUGCACGGCUUGACCCUAUUUUCGCACGGCCGUGCACGAAGAACUUUCUGGCCGUGAUGAACUAUGUGAGAGCCUGCACUGCCAGGCGCUGGGAUUGCACGCGCCGUGCAAUGGUCGUGCACUCCCUUCGCGGAAUUAAGAGAAACUCUCCGUUUUGGGUUGCAUGGGCAACGAAGGGGGUUGCACGACCGUGCAAUCGUGGGCAGCUUCAUAUAAACCCAAUUUUGGGUUUUGGAGAAGGAUAAUCGACUUUUUGGAGCAAAAACAGAGUUCUAGAGAGAGAAAGUGCAAAGAACAAACCGUAGGAGCUAUUUGGAGUUGAUUUCUCACCAUUAAAGCCCAGAUUGCAUCCCCAAGAGUGAAGAUCAACAUCCCAGAGCAGAUUAUUCCCAUCUUUAUCAGUAUGACUGCUUUGAUUUCUGUUUUCCUCUCUCUAUGGAGUAGACCUUCUCUCACUUGGGUAUGAAGAACCCUAGUUCCAUGUGUUAGGGAUUUGAGUUGUAAUGACACAUUCUCUCUCUUCUAGGUUAUUUGAGUUCCACGUGAAAGUCUGUCAUUUUCUAUACUACAUUCUCUCUCUUCCACCUGUGUGCCUUGACGUGUUGCUUUUGCUGAUUGUGUGCAGGUAGUGCAUGGCCCAUAGCCAGUCGGGAUAUCUACUGCCAUUAGACCAUGAGAUUGAAAGAACUUGUCGUAACCUCAAGCGCACUUUGAAGGCACGACUGGCUGUAAAGGAGGCUCUAGCACAGCUGCACAUUAACUAGGAGGAAGAAAUGGGUAAACCACAGAACAAUGAUGUGGUUAUUCUCGAGGAGCACAAUAUGGGAUACUACUGGACUGCCAGAGCCGCAGACAUGAGGUCGCCCAUCCAGUACCCUCAAGUUCUAGCCAAUAACUUCAAGGUGAGUACCUUUGUCAUCACCAUGCAAUGCGGCUCGAUGGUAUUCUAUGGAAAGGACGGGGAGUAUCCCAGAUUGCACCUACGGAAAUUCCAGCUGAGAUACUUCUCAUUCACUCUGGAGGGGCAGGCCAAGGAGUGGUUGGACACUCGGCCCCUAAGAUCGAUCACUACGUUCGCCAACCUGGCGGACAAGUUCCUUACUCGCUAUCACCCUCCAUCAAAGAUGGCGGACCUGGAGAAGCAGAUCACUCACCAGUCUAUUCCUAAAGUGUCCCAGUCAUGGUUUGAAUGACGCUUGGGCACCCUCUAUCACGCCCUCUUCCCAGAAGAUCAGCAGCUGAUUGAAUCGGUAUGUGGCGGGAACAUGUUGACUAAAAUGCCACCAUAGUU